AUGAGCAUGAGCAUGAGCGAUAUUAUGCUGGCGGACGUCGUGACUCUACAAGGCAGCGAUCAUGAGCUAUCGGCCGUUUCGCCUCCACCCCUGGAUCCCGCUUCGUCUGAACCAUAUUUCUCUCAAGCACCAACCGUAGAAAAAUCCGUGGAAGAGGAGCCGGCCCUGAGUGUUUUCCUCGACAGCAUUCAAUUUGAAAAUGGGUUCGGUGUGGUCAAGAUCUCUUCGAAGAUUCCUGCAGAAACUGCCAAGAUUAUCAGCACCAGGAUGUUCCUCGUGGAUGCUGUCAGCUUUGUCUCUGCUACUGCUGGCCCGACGUUCAGUUGUGGUCUGAGUGGUUUAGAUCUUCUCUUGAAGUACUUGUCCUCGCUGAUGGGCGUUGGGAUGAAACAGGGCAGCUUGUAUCUAGUUUUUCUCCCUGAGCACAUCGUCUAUGCGUUUCAGAUAGCUGCAUUCUUCGUUUCGUAUCAUGCAAUGAGGAUCCAAGACAUGGACACGUACUAUAAGGCGACUGGUCUCAACGUGACAUGUUUCAUCUUGAUGUUUCUCGUCCUUUUCAACAAGCGGCCUCCAUUACAGUUGUGUCGUCGAGCACCACGAUCUAGAGAGCCUUCCAAACUUGUGCAGUAUGCAGAUUUAUUCUAUCACGUCGUGAUGAUGGUUCUCAUCUUCAUCGCCUUAAUCACUUCAGGAGUUUGUACACACUGCGAUGGGUCGUACUCGCCCAGUUUGUCGCAUUUGUGUCAAUACAAUGCUCGCAGUCAAGGUUUCCAUGAUGAUCAAAAUGUCAACACUCGUGUCAGUCUGUCGUCCUGUACAUAUGUUUGUGAUAGUGACAGGAAGGACGCCUGCAUUGGAGGUGUCAUUACGAAUCUGCUUGUUAUUAUCAUGGUAUUUGUGCGUAUCUUCAUGGGAGUUUUGGCAUUUCUAUUUGAGCUUCGAAAAGAAGGGAGGAAAUCUAGUGCCGCUUUCCCGAGUUCUCUCGUGACUCUGCAUGGACCAUCCUCCCAUGGAUUUCCUUUUCGAGUUUGUGUCUCAGAAGAGAGCGUGGAAGUCAUCAUGUCGCAGAUCAAGAAGACGAGAGACCCCAAGAAGAUUCAAACAGGCUUCGAGCUCUUUAGCCCGUUGACGUCCUGGUGUUGGAUGGCUCUCUUUGGAAAGGUCAAUGUUUAA